CGGCAAGCACCGGCCAGAGAAGAGCGGGCUUAGCACUAUAACCUUCGCCGACAACUCAUCCACGUGGACCAGUGCCGUGCUAUGGCUUGAAUUCUACUUACCGUGAAUACCUUGUUCCAGCUCUCCUCCGCCACAGCCACGCAACUGAAUCUCGGCGCUGUGCAAGUUUCCCAAGUUCUCACGACAAUUCAAGAAGAAUCCAAACCAACAGAAGUCGCAUCGUCCAUUACUCCCCGGAUACAAUACUCCACAAAAUGCCUUACGCAACACCAGAGGAUCUCGACAAGUUCGAUCCUCAACGAGCCGGCCGCUACGAUCCUGGUGAGAUCCAGGUCUUUUACGAUAACAGGACCUUUGGCGGUUUCGAAGACAAGAUGCCUUUGUACCAGAAAUAUAAGCUGCAAGCACUCUCAAGAUUAGGAAGGCCUGAUAUAUGGAGCAUCACCGAUUUACCAGGCGGUCAUUUGAGAAUCAUCUUCUUCACCCACGUCGGCGCACAAGGCCAAAAAGACUUCCCUAUCCACAAAUGGGUCGCCGUCAAAGAAAUGUUCGAUUCGCUAUCCGAAGAAGGAUUCCGUCCAUACAUCAUUGGCUACUCCAACGAGAAUCCUUUUCCCAUGCUAGGAGGCGUAGAACCCGAACAACCCAAAGUCAAAGCCAAAGCGCCCAAGGUCGCUAAGACGUGGUCAAACUAUGCGAGUGGACACAGUGAUGCCAAGGGCGUGACGCCUCACGAUCGGGUCAUGGCGAUUAUCCGUGAUGACGAUGAGAAGGAGGCGAAGUUGAGAGAGCUUCAGAUCAGGGAGUGGACGGAUGAGAAGAAAGGGGGGUAUGGAGAGCAAGAAAAAUUGGUGUAGCCGUGACUUGGUGGUGUCGUCUCCUUGUGAGGGCGAAGGCGUAUAGGAUUUUGUUCAACUUUGUAUAGCAUGAGCGAAGGGCGUAUGUAUUUUGUUCUUAACCUCAUUAUCUC